AUGGAGCUUGCAGCCGGUGGAAUGCUGCCAGUACGAAUUUGCAGGGUUUCUGCAAAUCGUGCCGUUAUGAAGCUUCUGGCUGUUGUUAUCUCCGCAGUCUCGUUCUUGAGCGCCGGGGCAGCACAUUAUGACGGCCUGGACGAACGCGAGCCCAUGCAAUCGACAGAACAUGUUGCCCGCCCCCAUGUUGGAAAUGUUCCUUAUGGUGAGAACUAUCCCGACUAUAAUUGGAACCUCGUGCUAACCAAUGAAACAGGCACGAUCAUAAAUCAGUGCAAGUCGCCUGGCCUUGUCGCUCUUGCGUUCGACGAUGGCCCAUGGGUAUUCACAAACCAGUUGCUGGAUCUUUUGGAUCAACUUGGAGUCCAUGCCACGUUCUUUGUCACCGGUGAUAAUAUGGGCAAGGGCCGCAUCGACGACUGCAGCCGUCCCUGGCCAUCCAUACUAUACCGCAUGUACGAAUCGGGGCACCAAAUCGCUAGCCAUACGUGGACGCACCAAAACCUCGAUCACGUCAAUCACGCAGUCCAGCAAGCUGAAAUGGUUAAUAAUGAAAUCGCCUUGCAAAACCUGUUCGGGUGGAUUCCUACGUAUACGAGGCCGCCAUAUCUAGAGUGUACCGCCAAGUCGGGCUGUCCGGAUUUGCUGGGCAACCUCGGCUAUCACGUCAUUACUAGCAACAUCGAUACUAAGGACUAUCUAAACGACGGUCCUUAUCAAGUCCAGAAAUCGAAAGAUCUCUUUGACGCCGGCAUAUCUACGCAAUCCACGAAAAACAGCUACAUCGUUUUGGCUCAUGACACACACAGUCAGACUGCCACCAAUCUCACGGCUUUCAUGACACGAACAGCCAAGGAUCGAAGCUAUAAAUUAGUAACGGUGGGAGAAUGUCUCGGAGACCCAAAGGCAAACUGGUACCGAUCUGUACCGAAUGGAAAGCACGCUUGUAAGAGCAUCGGAAGCUCCACCACAGCCGACUCGUCAACGUCUACGGAAAUGGCCAACACUACUGAAACUGUGCCUUCUUCUACUGAAUCCGCGCCUUCUUCCACGAGAACCACAGAUACCACUUCAACCCAAUUGGUUCCAUUGGCACAGACGAAGGCGGCAAGCUCUGGAGUCGGAUUGACCCAUAUCUGCCGCCACUGCAUUUAUCUAGGCGUGAUGGUAUUCAUUCUAGGAAUGCACGGGAUUUAG